AAAAAACAUGCUAGUGUUUUGACAGAAUGAUUUUAUUUUGAGACAGGAUUGCUGUGUUUUGAUUUUGUGUAUGUAGAGAAUGUUUUUUUGUAUUUUGAAAUGUAGGGCAGAAAAUGUACUAUUUGGCUGUGCAGUAGGUAUGUUGCUGUAAAAUAGAUAGGGGAGACUGGAUAUAGUUAUAACACUUUCUGCUUAAGCAACUAUAACUCACUAAAUGUUUUUGCGAGAGUUUUAAAACUUUUACACAGAGUACCUAUAUUUGUUAAAUUGGCACCAAUGAAAUCAUCUACAAAAAAUAUCACAGACCUUGUGAGUUGAAGUCAAAUUCAUGGUGUUCCUUUGUUCCAAUCUAGGCCUACCCUACCAGGGGUAGGGUGUAACACAUGCUGUGAUAAGUUUUAACAAUUUGACAAAAUAAGCAAAAAUGGAUGCCACACUAGGAGAUAUGAUUCAAAAACAGGUAUAGUGAAAUAAAAGAACAAUGUUUUUCUCUCUCUGUAACAGACUAUGUCUGGUAUGUGUGUAUGUAAAUUUGUCUACUAGAACAAACUUAACAGUAUAUUUAAUACUACUACAAUGUACCUAACUAAAGAACAUCUUUGUACAUCUUUGGGUCUAACAAAAAGUCAGUCAGUGCUUGAAGUGAGCCAGUAGCCUACCCACCGGUAUGCAGUUCUUUUUCAUUAAGCAGAAUUCAGCUGACAUGCCAUAGGCCUAGGCUACAUAUAACCACUCCGAUCCGGUAAGUGGCGGUAUGCACCUGUAAGUUUGCUAUCAGUAAUAAACACAAAGAAGAAGAAGAAGAAGAAGAACUACAGAAGAAGACCCAUAUCCCAGCGCGCACUGCUGUUUCUGUGUCCGACGUUACCAAACUAUGCAGGUCAGAUGUUGUAGGUGAGUUCUCAGGCAGUGAAUCAGUCACCAUCAGCUGAUCCUUCACCGUUUCCAGGAUGAGCGGCUUGCGGACCGUCCUGAGCUCCGCAGCGGUGGCCGCUCUAUUGGGGAUCGGCUACGGGAUGUGGUGUGCGAUCGCAUCGGGAGAAGACAGGCGGAGAGAGCUCAUCAAGAAUCUGCCUGAGUCGAACCCAGUGAGAAUGGAAGAGACGAGAAAGAGGAACGCUCUGGUGAUGCAGGCACUCAAGGAAGCUGCUGAAACAAACGACAACAUUGCAAGAGGGUUCGGAGGACCUGCAAAAUAGACCGUCCCACCCUGUUUGCCAAGUCUCCAUGUAUUGAACACUGCCAGCGUGCAGGACCACAAUCUAUUCAAAUAAAGAUGAACAUUCUAUUAUUCUACAAGUAGGUUGUUGUCUAAUUUGCAGCUUUAAUGUCUUCAUUUUAUGUGAUUUACUAUAUAAUGUUAAAUUCUUUAUUAAAGCUCUCUUAACACAA